AUGGCGCGAAAGAAGGCAAGCGACCAACCUCCCGCACCUCUGCGCCGAAUGCCGAAGAGAGCAGCGGCUCCGGGAAAUAUGAAUGAGACUCAACUGCAGCGCACACAAGAAGCAACGGCACGCGCAGGAAAUGCAAAACCCUCAGACACUACAGUCGCAGACGCGUCAACUCCAAAGAAAUCAAAGAAGCCCGCAGCUGAGCCCGAAAGCAGGAAGGCUACUCCCAAGAAAGCUGUUGCUGAGAAGGCGACCCCGAAAAGGGAGAAGCCGGCGCUGAAAAAGGUCAAAGGGAGUAAAGUGGAGAAAGCAAAGCCCGAAACCAAGUCGAAGAAGGCGACUGAACCGGAUUCUCCAAUUCCAGAUGUCGGUGGAACGAGUGAGUCGGAAAGCGACUAUACUCCAAUUGCGAAACAGAGGGUCACGCCGAAGAAGAAAACAACGCCGAAAGCAAAGCAAAAGACAGCGCAGAAGGCCAAGGAGAAGCUUGAGGAACAGUAUUCUGACGAUGAAGUGGUGUAUGUACCGUAUGGGCGACCAAAUGUUGUAACGCUUUCGUCCCCGUCUGAGAAUGAAGACAUCGAGGAUCUUGGCUAG